AUGGGUUGCUGUUUGGGCACCUCCAGGUCCCCAAAACCAGUCCCACCUCCCCUCAACAACGGCCCCAACCACUUCCGACCCCAGAAACCAAACUCCCUGACCCAAAUCCAGCCGAAAAGCUAUGCCGCAAGACCCGAAACCAGGUCCCCACCGCCGCCACCGGUUGUGGAAGAAGAGACUGUGAAGGAGGUCCUCUCCGAGACCCCAUUUCCCAAGCCCCAAACCGCAGACAUUCCCCCGGAGAAAACCACCCUUUCGCCGCCUCCGAAAGAAGAGCCGAAGCUGCCAGCUGAGCCGCCGCCGCCGAGAGGGGCGGCCUCCGAGCCUUCUCAGCUUACAGAGUCAUGUGGGGUCAGUGAGAGCUACUCGUACUCCACAACCACUACCGCCACUACUGUCGCAGAUGGCAGAGACGAUGAAGCUACCAGUAACCGGAAGAGGGAGUUGGGUCCGAGAGCAAAUGGGGCUUCUGGGCCGGUGCGGCGUAAGCGUCCUUACUCCGGCGAGGUUUCUAGCCAGAGAGAGAGGGGGCCUAAGCCGCAGCAGCGGAGGACGCCGGAGCCGGCGGUUGAGAAGAGGAACAGGACGGAGACGGCGUCGUUUAGGGGACGGGAGUCGAGUCAGCUGAGGACCAUGCAGAGGAGUGGUGCGGUUCCUACUGGAGUGAGGCGUGAGACCGUUUCGUCCAGGUCGAGGUCACCGGCUACCCGGAAUGUGGGUGGAGUGAAUCGAGCGGGUAGAGGGAAGAGCCCCGCGAAGGUGGCCGGAAGAGGCGGGGGAAGUUCUUCGUCGGUGGGAGUGGAGGAGGGUGAGAAGAAGGGAAACUGCAAAGAGGCAAAAGAGGAAGUGUUGGCCGGAAAAAAAGAGGCUAAAGAGGUGGAUCAACCAAAGGAAGGCGGCGUGUCACAGCCGCAGCAGGGGAACGAGUCCCUUGACAAUCCUCUGGUUUCGUUAGAGUGCUUCAUCUUUGUCUAG